GUCGCUCCGCGUCGUCCAGAAAAAGCGCUUCAAAUCCCCUCUUCGCAUUCCAGCAAUCCAUUUUCUCGUCGUCUUCGUUUCGUUUCAUUUCCUCGCCUCCGCGUCGACACGCCCUUUUCGCUGCCCCUCCCCCUCCUUUCCUUCUCCUCCUAAAACCAUUAGGAUUAGGGUUAGGGUUAGGGUUAGGGUUUCCCGACCGUUAACGAGCUCUUCCUCCAAUCGUCGUCGUCGUCGUCGUCGUCGUCGUCGUCGUCGUAGCCUACCUCUCAUGCGUGAGGCCGCGGCGGGAGGUGGAUGAGGGAGGUCUUCGGCGGAGGAGGCGGAGGAGGAGUAGGAAGAGGCGGCCGCGGCGAAGGCGAUCUUUUCGACCCCCUAACGAUCAUGGACCCUGACUUCGCCCGCGCGGUGGGGGAGCACAACUUCGAGUUCGCCUUCAACUCCGUCAACUUCUCCGACCGCGAGCUCCGGAUCGAGAUCAUCCCGGAGCCCGCGGAGACAGAUCCCCACCGUGGCGACGGCGGCGAGGGGUGCAACUCGCUAGCCGAUUGGGCCCGGAAUUGUAAGCGUCGCAGGGAGGGGAUGAAGAAGGGGAAAGGCGAAGAAACUGUAAAAGAUGCAGAAGUGCACGUAUCAAGUAGCCAGCUUGAAAUAGAGGAAUGUGAGGUGUAUGAAGAAAACCAUGAUGAGGAUGCAGUAGCUAUGACUGAAGAAUCGCCAUCUGAUAUUGAUCGGGAUGGCAAUGAUACACAAGAUAAUGAAUGUUGGACUGUGGAAUGUUCUACUGUUCCCAGAGUGAAGAAAAUAUAUAUUAGUUCUGCAAUACUGGCUGCACAAAGCCCAUUUUUCUACAAGCUUUUCUCAAAUGGAAUGAAAGAAUCUGAUCAGAGACACGCCACCUUAAAAAUCUAUGCUUCAGAGGAAGCUGCUCUCACGGAGCUACUGAGUUUUAUGUACAGCGGAAAGCUGUCGACCACCUCGCCAUCCCUUCUGCUGGAUGUGUUGAUGGCUGCUGAUAAGUUCGAAGUUGCUUCUUGCAUGAGGCACUGCAGCCAGUUGCUUAGAAAUCUGCCAAUGACUACUGAAUCUGCACUGGUAUAUCUAGACCUCCCUUGCAGCAUUUCAACAGCUACUGCAGUCCAGCCAUUAACUGAUGCUGCCAAGGAGUUCCUUGCUAACAAAUUUAGGGAUUUAACCAAUUCAAAGUUCCAACAGGAAGUGAUGAAUCUCCCUUUAGCCGGUAUCGAAGCUAUCCUGUCCAGCGAUGACCUCCAGGUGGCUUCGGAGGAUGCGAUCUAUGACUUUGUGAUCAAGUGGGCCCGUGCUCAGUACCCAAAGCAAGAAGAAAGGCGUGAAAUCUUGGGAUCCCGCCUGCUACCCCUUGUCCGUUUCUCUCACAUGACCUGCAGAAAGCUAAGAAAAGUCCUCACAUGCAAUGACGUAGACCACGAGCUUGCCUCCAAGGCUGUUAUCGAGGCACUCCUAUUCAAAGCCGACACACCCCACCGGCAGCGUGCACUAGCCCAAGACGAGUCAACCAACCGGAAAUUUACUGAGCGGGCUUACAAAUACCGCCCUCUAAAGGUGGUCGAGUUUGAUCAGCCCUACCCGCAAUGCAUCGUCUACUUGGACCUUAAGAGAGAAGAGUGUGCCAAACUAUUCCCAUCAGGCCGCAUAUAUUCGCAGGCCUUCCACCUGGGUGGGCAGGGUUUCUUCCUCUCAGCCCACUGCAAUAUGGAGCAGCAGAGUACUUUUCAUUGCUUCGGGCUAUUCUUAGGGAUGCAAGACAAAGGCUCAACAAGCUUUACAGUCGACUACGAGUUUGCUGCAAGGACGAAGCCGUCGGGGGAGUUUGUGAGCAAGUAUAAAGGGAAUUACACCUUCACGGGCGGGAAAGCGGUUGGGUACAGGAACCUGUUUGCUGUCCCGUGGACUUCGUUCAUCGCCGACGAUAGCCCCUUUUUCAUCAAUGGUGUGCUAAACUUGAGAGCGGAAUUGACUAUAAAGCACCCGUAAAAGUUUGUUGUCUUGUGCCCUUUUACCUAACAGUAAAAUAAACAGUUUGGGAAAAGGAAAAGGAGAAGUACACAGAUGUAUGGACAACAGGCUCUCUCGUGUUGGCAAAUAGAAGGUCGAAAGCUUAGGAUUGAUAAUGGUGAAAUGUCCUUGUAACUGUAGAAAUGUUUUGCGAUGGCCGAAGAAUUUUAUCGACCUUUGAAUGCUUACCUGAUGAUUCUGGUAGCUCAAUUGUUUGAUCUGCUUCUUGUUGCUGAUGCCAGAUAUUUUCAAUGUGCUUUAAAAUACUGCUUCAAGAAAGGUGAAAUGUGAAGUUAAAUUGCAACA